AUAAUACAGAACAUAUAAUACGUAAAAUAAAAUAUAUUAGGAGAAACCUGUCUCCUUAACCAGAACAUAAACAAGAAGUACCGCUCUUAAAGUUUGAAAAACAUAUGAAACAAUUAAAGCGUAGAAUGGAAUGUUGGCGUGAGCUAAUACUUCCAUUAAAUUCCAUUCUAUUAUGGGAACGAUCUUGGUAUCCUGGUCUCAUACUUGGAAUUACUACCACAAUAUUUUUCCUCAUAUGGAUGUUGGAACCUGCUUUCCUUACAAUAAUAUCUAUAUUUCUUCUUCUGUUGGCUUUAAUUGAUUAUCUUGUGCCACCUAUGACAUCCCUUUUAUAUCCUGUUAAUAGCUGGACAGGUCAAAAAGAAAAAAAGUUGAAUGAGAUUUGUCAGAACUUAUCCAUAACGAUUUUGCACUUGCAAAAUUUAUGGAGAUCAAUGUUACAAACACGAAAGGAUCGCCCGAAUGUUUAUUAUGCAGCAAUAAUAACUUUUCUUGUCAUUUGUAUAUGGAUUGGAAGUACAAUCAACAACUUGCUUCUGUCUUAUAUCACAGUGAACAUUGUUUUACUUAUGCCAGGACUUAGACAUAGAGGACGUGCAAUAUCAACGUUUGUGCGUGAUUGUGUGUAUCUCUUUCAUGGUCUUUCUCAUUUAUAAGACUUCUUAUCUAUACUAGGUUAAUUUAUAACUUAUUUAUUUACAAUUAAGGAAAACUAGAUUUUCAGCUUUUAAAAGGUACAAUUAUUAUGAUAGAAAUUACUACUAAUUGUUUUGUCAUUUUAUAUAACAUCUUAUAUUACCGUUUACUUUGAAUGCACUUUUAUACCAUAAACAUGUUUGCACAUUGUUUUCUCAUUCAUAAAUCAUAAUAAAACUACUUCAUCUUUUA